UUCAUCAAGUCCUAUGAUCCUAGUUGAUACUUCAGCAAGUCCUGAAACAAUGCAUUGUGCAUGGUAAGCACUCAAUAAAUGUUCGUUGAUUGAUUAAAGAUGGUUAUGGCAAAGGGCAAAAGAAAUGAAACAAUAAAUUUACAUUUAUAUGCUAAUUGAAUGAUUUAAGUAGUACAAAAGGAAUUAGUGAAGAGAGAGAUUAAUGUAAAGGAGGGCUUUCAUAGGAAUACGGAAUUUAUAACCAAUGACAGAUUAGGGAAAAGAAGGUGAAUGUGAUAGGAACCCAAUGUAGAGAAUACCAUCAUUAUGGUGAGCUGCCUUACGUACUGGCCUAUCACUGUGUUAAAAAGUCACAGAAAUGUUAGACUUGGAGGGGUUACUUACUAUCACUUACCUUAGCCUGUUUAUUUACAAAUGAUGAAACUGAGUUCAAGUAGUGAGUGGUGUUUGGAGGGAAAUGGGAGAAAGGAAUUAAGUUUGCACUGGCUUAGGGCUAGAACUUGAUCACAACUCUUCUGAUUCGAAAUGCAGUUUUCUUUCCACCACUCCAUGAACCCUGAAAAGUUAACAUGGCAUGGCCAAUGAUCUACAAAUACCAACAAAAUAGAAUUUUGUUUGCUAUAUUACAUUAGCUCUAUCCGUGUUUAGAGUCUGCAGCCUAUAUCUCUUUUCUGGUCUUGUCCUUAUUCUACCAUAAUCCUAUCCAGCUUUGUCAUUGCUUCUAUCCCCUGGGCUGAGCUGCAAAAGCUGGAUAUAUUUAGAGGUUCUGUAUUAUCUUCUUCUUUUUUGAGGUAAAGAUGACUAUAAUUUGAUAAAACUGCACCAGCAUGAGGCUAAACAUGUGAGUUAAUGAAAUUGAUAGCAUUGCAUUUAGGAGGCAAUAAACUAGUAAGGAAAAUAGAAAGUCACCAGAAAUUGCCUGAGGUUUGGGGAACUCCAUGGGCAGGAGUAACAAGUUGAAAAGGAGAAAUCAACGAGUUCUUUCCUAUUUCCUCCUUCUUUUCUCAUGUUAUUCCAGAGUUUUCCUAGCCUGCCUCUAUAAUCCUUUUUCUGAUUUGGCAUUUAUUUUUGCAUAAUCUUCUCUUAUCAAAACCUGGAGAAUUUUAGAGAGGCUGAGAAUCAGUCAGAAGUAGUGCUUUGUGACAAUGAGUUAUUGCCUGUUUUCUACUACUACAGGUUAAGGUGUUAUAUAGAGGUGUAUUGGCUGUGUGUGGUAAGGUAAUUUUUUUUUCUAAAAAUCUGAAUUUAAGCUGUCAGUGACUCUCCACAAAGUUUGAUUUCCUCUUUUCUCUCUUUUUCAGGUAACUUUAAAUUCAAUUCUGCUGUCAGAGGCAAUGGAUGGGUGCAAUCACUCUGUGGUGCCCGAGUUUGUGUUCCUAGGACUUUCCGAUGCGUGGGGGAUCCAGCUUCUCCUCUUUUUCUUUUCCACCAUGUUCUAUGUUGCAAGCCUGAUGGGAAACCUCCUCAUUGUGUUCUCUGUGACCUAUGACCCUCACCUGCACUCCCCCAUGUACUUCCUGCUGGCCAAUCUUUCCUUUCUUGAUCUGGGAGGUUGCUCUGUUGCAACCCCCAGAAUGAUUUAUGACCUUUUCAGAAAACACAAAGCAAUCUCCUUUGAGGGCUGUAUAACCCAAAUCUUCUUCAUUCAUGCCAUUGGUGGCACAGAAAUGGUGCUGCUCACAGCCAUGGCCUUUGACCGAUACAUUGCUAUAUGUAAGCCUCUCCACUACCUGACCAUCAUGAGCCCACGAAUGUGCAUUUUGAUUUUGAUUACUUCUUGGAUCCUUGGCUUCAUCCACUCAGUGGCCCAGUUGGCUUUUGUUGUAGACUUGCCCUUCUGUGGCCCCAAUGUAUUGGACAGCUUUUACUGUGACCUGCCUCAGCUCAUUAAACUUGCUUGCACAGACACCAAUAGACUGGAAUUCAUAGUCACAGCCAACAGUGGACUCAUCUCUGUGGGUUCCUUCUUUAUACUGGUCAUUUCUUAUAUCUUUAUUUUGGUCACUGUUCAGAAACACUCUUCAAGUGGUUUAUCCAAGUCCCUCUCCACUUUGUCAGCUCAUGUCACUGUGGUGGUUUUAUUCUUUGGGCCAUUGAUCUUCUUUUAUACAUGGCCCUUCCCCUCAUCACACUUGGACAAGUUUCUUGCUAUCUUUGAUGCAGUUCUCACUCCUUUUCUGAAUCCAGUCAUCUACACAUUCAGGAACAAGGAGAUGAAGGCAGCAAUGAAAAAACUUUGUCAUCAGUUUGUGAAUUACAGGAAAUUGUCCUAA